CCUCAUCACCCUCCUCUCCUCGCCCCUUUCCAUAGCCACCUUCCUCUCCUCACUCUCUCACUCACCCCCGCUCCUGCCUUUAUAACCCGCCUCUACUCCACCACCUCACAGCCCACAGCUCACAACACACCCACCGCCGCCGCUGCCUCAGCUUCCCCUUCCCGGAGCAGCCAACCAGCGAGCAAGGGAGGGACAGAACAAUGGAGGGGAAGGAGGAGGACGUGCGGCUGGGCGCCAACAGGUACUCGGAGCGGCAGCCCAUCGGGACGGCGGCGCAGGGCGGCGGCGACGACAAGGACUACAAGGAGCCGCCCCCCGCGCCGCUCUUCGAGCCCGGGGAGCUCAAGUCCUGGUCCUUCUACCGCGCCGGCAUCGCCGAGUUCAUCGCCACCUUCCUCUUCCUCUACGUCACCGUUCUCACCGUCAUGGGAGUCUCCAAGUCCCCCUCCAAGUGCGCCACCGUCGGCGUCCAGGGCAUCGCCUGGUCCUUCGGCGGCAUGAUCUUCGCGCUCGUCUACUGCACCGCCGGCAUCUCAGGAGGGCACAUCAACCCAGCGGUGACUUUUGGGCUGUUCUUGGCCAGGAAGCUGUCCCUGACCAGGGCCAUCUUCUACAUAAUUAUGCAAUGCCUAGGGGCCAUCUGUGGAGCUGGAGUGGUGAAGGGCUUCCAGCAGGGUCUGUAUAUGGGCAACGGUGGCGGCGCCAAUGUAGUCGCCAGUGGCUACACCAAGGGCGACGGCCUUGGUGCUGAGAUCAUUGGCACCUUCGUCCUGGUCUACACCGUCUUCUCGGCCACCGAUGCCAAGAGGAAUGCCAGAGACUCCCAUGUUCCUAUCCUGGCCCCUCUGCCGAUUGGGUUCGCGGUGUUCCUGGUCCACCUGGCCACCAUCCCCAUCACUGGCACCGGCAUCAACCCAGCGAGGAGCCUUGGGGCUGCUAUCAUCUACAACAGGGACCAUGCCUGGAACGACCAUUGGAUCUUCUGGGUGGGCCCCUUCGUGGGCGCUGCCCUGGCGGCCGUCUACCACCAGGUGAUCAUCAGAGCGAUUCCGUUCAACAAGAGCAGGUCCUAAGCCGCCUCGCCUCUGCUACAGAAAGCCGAUCGGGAAUAACGAGCUUCUUUGUGAUGUCCUGUUUCGAGCGCCUAGUAUCGCAUCCGCCGUCGAUUAUCCAUCUCGAUCUCCUGAAGAUGUUAUCUCCUGCCUGAAUCCAGACUCGCGUGUAUUAAGACUCCAGUGUGACAGUUGGGUGUGCUCUUAUUGUCGUGGAAGAUUUAAGUUAUAACCUGUUUGUUGCUGUGCUUUCCAUUUAGCUACUCCCGUUGUUGCAUUUGGAAUGUUGACAACAGUUCUGAUGAUAAGAUUAUCCUGGAUGUUA